GCCCACUAAAAGACCCCAAUCAAUUGCAACCCCAAAAGUAGCUUACCCGUAAUGUUCAGUCCACUUCACUGCACUGCAAGAAGUGCUCAUCCCGUUGUAGCAACACACUCUGCAGCAUAAAACGUACCACGUUCAGGUGAUAUACUACUCUCUGCACCGAGCAAGUUUGCCAUGGCAACGGCCCGCCCGCACGUCGUCCUGCUCACGAGCCCCGGCGCGGGCCACGUGCUCCCGGUGCUCGAGCUAGCGACGCGCCUGGCCGCGCACCACGGCUUCACGGCCACCAUCAUCACCUACGCCAGCGUCUCCUCGCACUCCUCGCCGCUGCAGGCCUCCCUCCCGCCGGGCGUCUCCGUGGCCGUGCUCCCAGAGGUUUCCCUCGACGACCUGCCAUCCGACGCGCACAUCGUCACCCGCAUCCUCACCCUCGCCCGCCGCUCGCUCCCGCACCUCCGCGUCCUGCUCCGCUCCUUCCUCGACGACUCCCCCGCGGGUGUAUCCGCCUUCCUCACCGACAUGCUCUGCCCGGCCGCGCUCGCCGUGGCGGCGGAGCUCGGCGUGCCGCGGAAGUACGUCUUCUACACCUCCGGCCUCAUGUCGCUGGCCUCGCUGCUCUACACCCCGGAGCUGGCCAGGACAACCGCCUGCGAGUGCCGCGAUCUCCCGGACCCCGUGGUUCUCCCGGGCUGCCCCGUGCCGCUGAAAGGCGCCGACCUCGUCGACCCGCUCCAGAACCGGUCCGACCCGGUCUACCCGCUCAUGGUCGGGCUCGGGCUCGACUACCUCCUCGCCGACGGCUUCCUCGUCAACACCUUCGACGCCAUGGAGCACGACACGCUGGCUGCGUUCAAGGAGGUCUCUGACAAGGGCCUGUACCCUCCGGCGUACGCGGUCGGCCCGUUCGUCCGGGCGUGCUCCGAGGAGGCUGGCAAGCACGGCUCCAUACGGUGGCUGGACGGCCAGCCGGAAGGGUCGGUGCUGUACGUGUGCUUCGGCAGCGGCGGCACGCUGUCCACGGAGCAGACGGCGGAGCUGGCGGCCGGGCUCGAGGCGAGCGGGCAGAGGUUCCUGUGGGUGGUGCAGUUCCCCAGCGACAAGGACCCCAGCGCGGGCUACCUCGGCACGACGGGCGCCGACCAGGGGAACAGCCCGCUGAACUACCUGCCGGAAGGGUUCGUGGAGAGGACGAGCGCCACGGGGCUGGUCGUGCCGCUGUGGGCGCCGCAGGUGGAGGUCCUGAACCACCGGGCCGUGGGAGGCUUCGUGUCCCACUGCGGGUGGAACUCGGCGCUGGAGGCCGCGGCGGCGGGGGUGCCGAUGGUGGCGUGGCCGCUGUACGCGGAGCAGAGGAUGAACGCGGUGUUGCUGGAGGAGAGGGCCCGGACGGCGCUGCGGCCGCGGACGAGGGAGGCCGGGAGCGUGGUGCCAAGGGACGAGGUGGCGGCCGUCGUGAAGGAGCUGAUGGCAGGCGAGAAGGGCGCGGCGGCGAGGGAGAGAGCGGGGCGGCUGCGGGAUGGGGCGCAGAUGGCGUCGGCGCCCGGCGGGCCGCAGCAGCGCGCUCUCGCGGCAGUCGUCGGCGUGUGGAAGGGCGGCAAGGCGAUCGAUGAUCAUCCGGCCGCCGACGGAGCGGGUGCCGUUUGAACUUUGAUUUGAUUGAUGAUUUGCGCGUAUCUAUGUGAGUGUGACGUUCAUUUGCUUAGUGUUCUUCGUGGUGACGCGUGUGUCCUGCAUAUGUUUUUUUUCUCUUUCGUAUUUGAUAUUUUUAAGAGUAUAAAUAUCAAGGAUUUGGUAUUUCUUCGGAUUUGCA